UCCCCCACAAGCUUAGUUCAGAGAGAGAGAGAGAGAGAGAGAGAAAGAAAGAUAGAGAGCUUUAAUGGCGUGCAGCUUGGAUAUGUUCAACACAGAGCAUCAGGCAUUCGGUGCACCCUUGAGCCCAAGAAUAUCCUUCUCCAGUGAUUUCGUGGAGGCAGAGCACUUGGGUGGUGGCGGGUGCAUCACCAAGCGCGCCGUGGGGGCCUCUGCCUCGCCGGAGGACGCAGACUUUGAGUUCUCCGUCAGCAACAACACCAUGUUGACGGCAGACCAGCUUUUCUUCCAGGGGAGGAUGCUUCCCUUCAAGGAUGAGGGAAGCAGGAUCUCUCCUUCUUCUGCCCCUGGCAAGAAGAUGUCGACUCUCAAAGAUGAGCUGUGUGUUGUUGAUGAAGAGCCAUCGCCCAGACCACCGAAGGGAAGCAGAAGAUGGAAGCGGAUCUUGGGUUUGAAGAGAGCCUCUGCGACUGUUACACCCAAGAAAAAUCAGCCAGACAUCGAUGCCAGAGAGGAAAGGAAGAUAUGGGGAUGGAGAGAGGACGGCGACCAGUCAUCGUAUCGUUGGUAUAUACAGGAAAAGAAGGGGAUUGAAGAAGAGGAAGAAGAAGAGGAAGGGAGAGAAGAGGAGGGAGAGCCGCAUCAGGAGGAGAACCGAGAAGUAUGAUUGUUAUUAAGCCAUGUAUGCGUCUGUGUAGAUCAAGGUGGGGGUGUAGAGAAAUUGACAAAGCUGAUUUUUUUUUUUCUUUUUGUUUUAAAUUUAGAGGAUACUCUUUGUUUCCGUUUGAAGGUGCUGGGUUGUUUUUUUGCCCCUUGUUAAUCCUUUUAUCUUUCUAAUUUCUGGUUACGUAUUUGUCUUGUAAAAAUGGCAUGUACUAUCGAGUGAAGGGGUUAUUUUUGCAUGUAAA